CUUUUAUUAUGAUCCUUUGAACUCCUUUUAAACACUUCUCUGAUCGCUGCAGUUUUACCCCCACCAUCCUCCUUAUAAUUCGCCUUGGCUCCCGGACUUCUCUCUCUCUCUCUCUCUCCUCCCCACCAUGUUCGAUAUCCAAAUGCCGCUACUUUAACACUUCCCUACACCAUUUCAUUCCAUUUCUCCUUCUGGGUUUCACGAAUGUCAGCUUCCGAGGCAACCCACCACCGCCGUUCGGCCACCGGGGGCGGCUGCGCGUCGGUCUCGGAUGACUCGGACGACGACCAAUCUUGGCACUCUAUGUCUGAGUCGGGCAAUGUCCGGAGGAAGUCUUGUGAGUCGGAUUGUCCAGUGGAGGAGGUGGAUUUGGAGAGUGGGGUUCUGGAGCUGAAGAAGGUGCUGCAUUUGAGUAAAGUUGAGAGAAAUUGCAGGAUUUGCCACAUGGGUUUGGAAGGGGGCGGUGGGACUGACUCUGGCUCUGGGGUCCCAAUUGAUUUGGGGUGUUCUUGCAAGGGGGAUUUGGGGGCUGCUCAUAAGCAAUGUGCUGAGACUUGGUUCAAGAUCAAGGGAGAUACAACCUGCGAGAUCUGUGGCGUCACUGCAUUCAACAUUUCCAGUGAGCAGAUAAAUGAGUCAAAUGCCACUGCUGCCACAUCCGCAUCAGUACCAGCAGCACCCAUGAUCCUGGUUGAAACCCGAACCAUGUGGCAUGGCCGCCGCAUUAUGAAUUUCCUGCUUGCCUGCAUGAUCCUUGCCUUUGUAAUUUCAUGGCUUUUUCACUUCAAAGUGCUUUCAUGAACACCAGCAGGGAAAAGAAAAAGGCUCUGAAUGUGUAGGGGUAAGUUGCAGUUUUCCACUUCUCCUCUUGUUGAUGCUGCUACUUUGUCUGUACGCCUUCCUACUAGGCCCUAUGUUCUUGUUGGAGGCUUAGCUCCAAAUUUCUACGCAUGUUCUCCGUCAUCUGUAAUAUAAAUUAUUCCGCAUGGCUAUCGAUAGUAAGUUAUAGUAUCUUUGGAUGAGUGGGGCUAAGAACCUGUUUUCCAUCUGCUGUCUUCAUUGUGUGCUUAGUCUGGCAAAGCUUUCGUGUAUGCAUGUUUUAUUUGUACGGUUAAGAACUCCUCAGUGUGGAAGAACUCAGUGGAGAUGCCAUAAAGCCCUAGUACCUAUAAGUCAUGGUUCAUGAAGCAUAACAACGAAGGCUGUUGGCGUCUACGUUGAUUUAAAAGGUUAAUGACAGUAUGUACCUACUCAAUGAUCCUUGUAACAUACAAGUUACCGGCAUGAACGCCAUGAAUUCGAAAUCUCCGGUUUAUUCAAAUGCU